CCUACCCAGAAGCUGGAAGGAAUCCAGAAGACACGGACAAACCCACAGCUCUCCCUUGAGAGAGAGCUGUGCCCUUUCAUUUCUCAGGUCUACUGAAGCCAGAGAAGAUUAAUUGAGGGAUUGCUUGCCUCCGAGGCGUUUCACUUAAGCAGGCUCGGUCCUGGAUCAGCAAUGUUCCAGGCUGUCAGGAGAAACACACACUUGGGCAUCUCCUGUGUGAAAUCCCCAUAACCACAGCUUCUGACUGAGGGCUUUGUAAACCCUCUCCACCCUCGGGGGCCAAAGAAAUCUGGUAGCAAACAGCCCUGGUUGCCUGUCCCUCGCCAUGUCUUCCCACAAGACUUUCAGGAUCAAGCGAUUCCUGGACAAGAAACAAAAGCAGAAUCAUCCUGUUCCCCACUGGAUUUGGAUGAAAACUGGUAAUAAAAUCAGGUACAACUCUGAGAGGAAGCAUUGAAGAAGGACCAGGCUGGGUCAAUAAGGGAUCGCACACAAGAUGGCACACAAGGUUAUGCUGUAUGAAGGUCACGUGUUCCUAUCCUAUUACUCUGUAAACAUCACAACUGCCUGAACAAUGGAUAUGUUUUAUCAGGAAAAUGAUUUUUCUCUGCUACUGUGCUUCUGCACCAGUGUGUUCGUUCAGUAAUAAAUGAGACAUUUGUUGGG